UUAGGCUGUGCAUGUAGUGUAAUUGAUGUUUCGGUGAACGUUUUAAACGCCUCGGCGGUCUUUCGUAGUCAUCGAAGAGCCGUCGUGCGAACUACGUCAACGUAGCUUUCUCGUUACGCCCGUCGUAAUCUAAGAGAAUUUUAAUCAGUUGAGUGCCUAAAAUCGUAUACAAGAGGGAAAUCGUUUCAUACACGAAUUUAUACACGGAAACAUGUGCCUCGACGAUAGCUGGUUGUAUUUUUCAAUGAAAUUUUUGUAAUUGGCGGUGAGUCACUGCCAAAUAAUGUAGCGGAUAAUGGAAUUGGCCGGAUGACAGAUAGAUAACUAACGACGUUAACUGGUGAUAAGGAAGACCGCAAAUUAAGCGGGAAACUGAAAACAAACUGCGUUUGGAUUCGUGGGCAUUGGAUAUAUUUUAAUACGCGAUGUGCAAUAAUAAUAAGGAAAAUAAAAAAGUCUCCCGAUAUAGGCCAAUUAAAGUCACAACUAUCGGUGAUGGCACUGUUGGUAAAACAUGUAUGCUUAUUACAUAUACAACAAAUGAAUUCCCUUCAGAAUAUGUGCCUACAGUCUUUGAUAACUAUGCAGGAACAAUAUAUGUGGAUGGACAAGAAUUUGACAUGACUUUAUGGGAUACUGCUGGUCAGGAAGAUUAUGAGAGAAUCAGACCUUUAUGUUAUCCAAAUACUGAUUGCUUCUUGAUCUGCUUUUCAGUGAAUUCUCGUACUUCGUAUGAGAAUAUUGCGAACAAGUGGCAUCCAGAAAUUAAGCAUCAUUGUCCGAACACACCUAUAGUUCUUGUUGGUACCAAAGGAGAUCUUAGAAAUGUAGAAAAUGUGGAUACAAUUACAAUUAAAGAAUGUAAAAAACUGAAAAAAAAAGUAAAGGCAUAUAAAUAUGUCGAAUGUUCUGCUUUGAAAUGUGAAAAUUUGGAAGACGUUUUUGUUGAAGCAAUUCGAGCCGUUCUGAAAUACCCAUCAUGUAAAAAAUCGAAGGAUUUGUUAUGCCCUUUACGGUAUCAAGCGGUGAAAGAUG